AUCACUGUUAUUAUCAUCUUUCCAAAAAAUCAGUCCGCCGAUGCGAGAUUUCUCUCCAGGAAGAAGAAAAUAAAGCCCUAAUUUCUCAUCAGAUCCAUGUAAGUCUCAUCUUCCUAAUCAUUUCCACACAAAAAUCCCCAAAUUUCAUGUUCAAAAGUUAGGGUUUUGAUUCCUUGAAUGUUCUUGUCGGGAAAUGUGUUGAAAAAACUAGGGUUUUUAAGGGGAUCUUGAUCUGGUGAUGUUAAAAUUUGGGUUUGUACUUGUUGUAUGAGAUUUUGUUGUUGUUUUGGUUUUAAUUCGAAGAGUGUAGGAGAAAAGAUGAGUAAUUCCGAGAGAGAUUCAGAUAAUAAUUCUGAUUCAGAGAGUGAGGAGGAAGAGGAGGAGGAGGAGUCUGAUUAUGAACAGCAAUUAGCGAGAGAACGUUCUGUUGAGAGACAAUGGAUUAGGGAUUUGGAGGAUAGAGCUAGAAGAGAACGAGAUUUGGUUUCUGCAGGGGCUUUAGAAUCAAUGAGAUACAGAAUUUCUGGUGGUCCGAGGAGUUACGAUCGCUUUGCGGCGUCGUCAUCAGCGUCUUCUUCUAGUGGUGGUGGUGGUGGUGCUGGUGUUAAUAGAGGUUCGAUUGAUGCGGAUAAUUCUACAGGAGGUGCCGAGAGAGAACGAGUUGAUAUCGAACGGGAUUCUCAUUUCAAAAGGGCUAAAGUGAAUACUAGUUCUCUGGAGUGUCGGUAUGCUAUUGGGGAUGCUUCAACAUCGGCUGGUGGAGCUCAUGGGUCUCUUGCGUAUCCAUCUCAAAGCAAUUAUUUCUAUAUGAAUGUGAUAUCGGAAAAUGUUGGUGCUCGGAACCUUGUUGAUUCUGUAAAUGGGGAGAAUGACGGUGAGGAACCAAUAGCAGAGGAAUUUCUUGUUAGGAUGGACCUUACGGAUGACUUGUUGCACAUGGUGUUCUCUUUCUUGGAUCAUACUAAUCUCUGUCGAGCUGCUGGAGUGUGUCGACAAUGGCGGUCGGCUAGUGGACAUGAGGAUUUCUGGAAGCAUUUGAAUUUUGAAGACAGGAGUAUAACUGAGCCGCAGUUUGCGGAUAUGUGUCGCCGUUAUCCAAAAGCCAUUGAAGUGAAUCUCUAUGGUACUCCUUCAAUUAACUCUCUUGCCUUGACAGCGAUGGCUUCUCUCAGAAAACUCGAGACGUUGAUAUUGGGUAAAGGACAGCUGGGCGAUGCUUUUUUCCAAUCCUUGGAUAACUGUAUUUCUUUGAGAACCUUGAGUAUUAAUGACGCUGCUCUUGGCAAUGGUGUCCAAGAGAUACCUGUGAACAAUGAGAAAUUGCGACAUCUUCAAAUUAUAAAGUGUCGCGUGCUUCGUAUUUCUGUUAGGUGCCCCCACCUCGAGACCUUGUCGCUGAAACGUACAAACAUGGCACAUGGGAUGCUUAAUUGCCCUCAGUUACAAGAACUAGAUAUAGGCUCUUGCCACAAGCUUUCUGAUGCUGGAAUACGUGCAGCAGUUACAUCAUGUCCUCUGCUGACAUCCUUGGAUAUGUCAAACUGUUCAUGUGUUAGUGACGAAACUCUUCGUGAAAUUGCGCAAGCUUGUGCCAAUCUUCAUGUUCUCAAUGCAUCCUACUGCCCAAACAUCUCUCUCGAGUCUGUAAGAAUGCCAAUGUUGACCGUACUUAAGCUUGUCAAUUGUGAGGGGAUAACUUCGGCUUCGAUGACUGCCAUAGCUUUUAGUUCUCUGCUGGAGGUGUUGGAACUUGAUAAUUGUGGAUUAUUGACAGCAGUGUCAUUAUACCUACCUCACUUGCAUACUAUCAGACUAGUGCAUUGCCGGAAAUUUGCUGAUUUGAGUUUACAAACACCUCUGCUUUCAUCUAUUACCAUUUCUAAUUGCGCCGCUCUUCAUCGCAUAAACAUUACGUCAAACUCACUUCAGAAGUUGGUGCUGCAAAAGCAGGAAAGCCUGAAAACUCUGGUGUUGAAAUGCAAUUGUUUGCAAGAAGUGGACCUUACUGAUUGCGAAGCUUUGACGAAUUCUGUUUGUGAAGUUUUUAGUGAUGAGGGUGGUUGCCCGGUGCUCAAGUCACUGAUCCUCGACAACUGCGAGAGUCUAACUGCAGUAAAAUUGAGCAGUACUUCUCUAGUUUCCCUUUCUCUUGUUGGUUGCCGAGGCAUGACCUCUCUUGAACUCAAAUGCCCUUACCUUGAACAAGUUCAUUUAGAUGGCUGUGAUCAUCUUGAGCGAGCAUCAUUUUGCCCUGUUGGUCUCCGGUCUCUUAAUUUAGGCAUAUGCCCUAAAUUAGAGGCACUUGACAUUGCAGCACCUCUUAUGGUGUUGUUAGAAUUGAAGGGAUGUGGUGUUUUAUCCGAAGCAUCCAUUCAUUGUCCCCGUCUGAUAACUUUAGAUGCUUCUUUUUGUGGCCAACUUAAAGAUGAUUGCUUGUCUGCCACAACUGCUGCAUGCCCUCUUAUCCAGACAAUGAUUUUGAUGUCCUGCCAAACAAUUGGUCCUGAUGGCCUCUCUUCUUUGCGUUGGCUAUCACAUUUGACGUUCCUUGAUUUAUCCUAUACUUUCUUGUUGAACUUGCAACCUGUUUUCGAUUCCUGCUUGCAAUUGAAGGUAUUGAAGUUGCAGGCUUGCAAGUAUUUAGAAGACUCCUCUUUAGAGGCUCUUUAUAAAGAUGGUGCUCUUCCAUCCCUCAGAGAGUUGGACCUCUCAUAUGGUAGUAUCUGCCAGUCUGCCAUAGAGGAGCUUCUUUCUUGCUGUACACAUCUCACUCAUAUUAGCGUGAACGGUUGCAACAAUAUGCAUGACCUUAAUUGGGGCUCUUCAUGUGGUGGCCCUCUUUCUGAAUUAUCAAGAGCCAAUUUCCCAUCAUUUGCGGAGAAUGAGCGACCUACUGAAGAGCCUGACCGUUUAUUACAGAAUCUCAACUGUGUUGGUUGCUCCAAUAUCAAGAAAGUAGUUAUUCCUGAAAUUGCACGAUGUUUUCAUUUGUCAUCUCUAAAUCUUUCUCUGUCUUCAAAUCUCAAGGAAGUUGAUGUUGCUUGUUUCAACCUGAGCUUUCUCAAUUUAAGCAAUUGUUUAUCCCUAGAAAUCCUUAAGCUCCAAUGUCCCAGAUUGACAAGCCUAUUCCUUCAGUCUUGCAGCAUUUCUGAAGAAGCAGUUGAAGCUGCAGUUUCACACUGCAACGUGCUGGAAACUUUGGAUGUCCGCUUCUGUCCGAAGAUUCACCCAGAGCGCAUGACGCAGAUCCGAUUGGUAUGUCCAAGUCUGAAGCGUAUCUUUAGUAGUCUCCCAGCUCCUCCAUGAAAUAAUGGCAGCACACCCAAUUAAUUCUGCCUUCCCCGGUCUUUCCCCUGUCUGUAUGGAGGCGUGUUCCUGUCAACAUUCUCUCUCCUCCGCCAUGAAUUCAACUUUACCAAUCCCAUUGUUGUUUGAUGCAAUUGCAAUGUACAUACAUGACUUUAUAUGUUCUGUUGUUUUACCUCUCAGUUGUUGUGCUCGUUAAAUCCAGAGAUAUUGAGGAGUGAAUUGGUGUAGUAAAUCAGCUCCCCUCCUUUGAUAUGACGACAAUAAAACCCUAGUUAUUGUUUCUGUGAAUCUUAUUAUGUUGUUUGUUAUAAACGUGGGAGUUUUAUUUUAAAUGUCAAUUUUGAUUUCAGAGUGAA